AUGAAGCCAGGUUAUCCAAACAUUACUGGGCGUCCUUUGGAGAUUAUCGACAAUUCUCUUCAAUAUUUAAACAGUAACAUUGAGGUAAAGAAAUGUGUUAAGCCCGCAAUGGGAGACAGUAACGGAGAUUGCAGUUUUAAUAUUAUGGAUGCAGCAUAUAUAAAGAUCGAAUCCUCGAAAGCCUUGCAGCCUCUAAAUGUAUCACUGGACUAUGACCAUAAUCAAGUUGUCGAUUAUGCUGAUGCCUUAUUUUUAGUUAAAGUAUUUUAUAAUUUAGCGAGAUUUAUCAAAAGCGUGUCUGUUAAUAUCCCACACAAUAAAACUGACUGCAAGUUGAAGAUCGUCUUGCAAUUAAUGAAAGGCUACGGAGAAGUUACCAGUGACAAGCCUGAUCUGUAUGUUGCAUUCACUUAUGGUAAUAAUUCUAUCGCACACUUUAUGUCCACUUCUCGAUUUGAAGUCGGUCAAAUGAUGCGUGAAGGCACCGUUACAGGCAAUACUAUUAAUGGGGUAAUUGUGAAAGCCGAAAGUGAUAACGCUAGAAAUUACCACAUAUCUGCUACAACAAGCCAUGCAAUAGGUAAAGUUGGAAUAUCGAUAUUCCAAGUACUGAGAGAUUCAAGAAACUCGGUGGGAAAUAUUGCAAUCUCGUCAAGCGUUGGAACGAAACAACCCUAUUUAUACAGUGAAACUGUUAAAAUACAGCUCGCUAGUAAUCUUAGUGUCGUUUAUAAAAAUGGAUUUUCUCCAAUGCAAAUCUAUAAUAUAAACACUUCGACCUAUCUAUGUUACUAUCCUGUUACCACGAAACAG